AUGCCUCUCGUAGACCCCGUAACCAUGUCCCCGCCUGCGGGCAACGCGAAGACAAAGGACUUGGGGCUGCCCACGCAAGCAAUUCCAACAAUUCCGACGCCCCUGGCCCAGGGCGUCCGCCAUGUCCAUCCGAUACUACUCCUAUCCUUCUUUCUCGUCCGGUUCAAUGCCCUGGUCUCCGAUCCUGUAUCGACAAUGUGGACGUCUCUACCUGUAGUCGUAGCCAUACAAAGCACAUACGCCAUUGUCUGCCUCCCGGCGGCCGGGUCCCAGACAGCCAAGCCCGCGAAGAAGCUUCGGCCGGGCGAGAAGAAGUCGGCUUCGUCGGAUGGGACGGUGCCGAAUGUCGCAGUCACUACCGUCGUAGCACUGGUCCUCACCACCCUCGCGACCUCAGUCCUGCACACCUUCUUCGUCCUCUUUGGCGCCCCCCUCCUGACUCACCUACCGCAUACGUCACUUUGCUCGCUAUACCUGUCGCUUCUGGGCUUGUUCCCGCUGUUCUAUACCCACGGCGUCUCGAAUAAGGAGUGGCUGGAGAUUCUCGGCGCGAGGGCGCCCUUCGAUGAGGCGUUUGGGGGAUUGAUGGGAGGUUGUGUCGGAGCUUGGGUUGGCGCGGUGCCGAUUCCGCUCGAUUGGGAUCGCGAGUGGCAGAAGUGGCCUGUUACGAUAUUGUGUGGUGUGUUUGGGGGAUAUGUGCUGGGGAAGUUGGUUGGAGGGACGGUGGCGUUUGGGAGGAGGUUUGGUUGA